UCCGACGCAUGUAAACGAUGACUUGUUAUACAGAUGAAGUUUGUACAUGCACAGAAGGACGCGCAAAGCACUACCCAGCAACAGUCUCGGCGCAUUCCGCUCUGCUCUGUCCUUUGCUUGCUGCUCGCGACGUGUUCUAGGGCUGAAAAGAGGAACGCGACCUGCCUGACCGACCAAUGCUUUGAAUACGGGACGUGCAACCCGGAGACAGACAGGUGUGAGUGCCCACUGGGGCGCCACGGUCUUGACUGCUCCAUCCCCAUCCCGGACCCCGAGCCGCAGUGCAAGGAGCACAGCCACAACCUCGUCACCUGCACCAGCUUUACUAAGACCCUCUGCCUCAAUAGCUGCAACGGCCAGGGCUGGUGCGCGGGAGGCUUCUGCCACUGCAAGCCGGGUUUCUAUGGCGCCGAUUGCUCUCUAAGCACCAGCCCGGAUGGCCGCCCCGUGCUGCUGGCUGGGCAGGGCUACAUGCCGCGUCAGCACGGCGUCAAGAUCUACGUGUAUGAGCUGCCACCGGUGGCGAACACCUGGACCUACAUCGCUCGUAUAGACCGCCCACUCGUGCAGGUGCUGCUGCAGCGCAUGCUGAGCUCCGGCGUGCGCACCACGGACGGCGACUCGGCGGACUACUACUUUAUACCGCUGCUGAUGCGCACGCGCACACACACCGUCAACCACUUGGCUGCGGUGGUGCACUACGUGCGCAAGCACUGGCCCUGGUGGGACCGCACUGGGGGCGGCCACAGGCAUCUGCUGGUGGCGCCCGGCGACAUCGGGCGGCGCAUCCUGACGCCCGAGCUGCUGCACAUGACCGAGAACUGCACCUUCCUCACACACUGGGGGCUGCACCGCAACCACAGCGGCGGCAACUGGCUGGCCUCACACCGGCCCGGCAAGGACAUCGUGGUGCCACCGCUGACGCCGCCGGACGAGCCUAUUGUGUACUCGCCUUUGCAUGCCACCCUAAAAAAGAACCGCAAGUCCCGACUGGGGGAGCUGUUUUUCGCAGGCCGCAUUUGCGGGGACAACCAGAAGCCGACCGACGGCAAAUGCUCUGAGAAGCGACAGGAUUACAGCGCGGGCACGAGGCAGCAGGUCGCCCACCACCACUGGAACCGGCCCAAUUGGACCAUCACCACACACACGCCCGCCUACGCAGAGGCCCUGUCUACACACAUCUUCUGCCUCUCGCCAACAGGCGGCGGCUACGGGCGUCGCAGCGUGCAGUCCUUGCUGAUGGGCUGCAUCCCCGUCACCGUCACCGACCACGUGCACCAGCCCUUUGAGCCCGAGGUGGACUGGGCGCGCUUCUCCGUGCCCGUGCGGGAGGACGACAUUGCGCAGCUGCACCACGUGCUGACGGGGCUGAGGGCCAGCCCGCACACGCUGGCGCAGAUGCAGGUACGGCUGCGGUGUGCAGCGCAGCACAUGUAUUACUCGAGCACCUUCGGGGAGAUCAUGGGCGAAGACGGCCGAUUCGACGCGUUCGAAACGCUGAUGGAGGUGCUGCGUAUGCGCAAGGAGCGGCCCGAGCUGCACCCGCGCGACUACGAGGCGCAGGACAAACGCUUCCACGACUUUAUCCACUGCCGCUCCAAGCCCACAGGCGGGCGCGUGCAGCUGUGCACCCAGAACCGGCUGGUCAAGUCGAACAACAUCACGCACUGCCGGGAGAGCUACGACGCAGUGCCCAUGCGCUGGAUGCGGAUGUUCUAUUCCUGGCCGGGUGGCGCCGUGUGCGGCCGCAACAGGGAUGUGGGCCGCUGCCCCCGGAGCUGGCUGUAAUGGCCCUCCCUGUGUCCCUGGGCGCUGCUCCUCUGCAAAGGCAGAUAUACGGUACCUAGCUACGGUGACAGAGUGAGCUUGAAAGCACGAGUAUGCGGCUUUACGCUGCGCGCGGGAGUUGAGGGCGAGCACUGCUGCGGGAUCAAACGCCGUAUUGCCGCACAAUCUCGGACACAAUGAACGAGGACAGAACGAUUAGUAACGGGUGAUUGCCGGACAGAUGGGGGCAUGGGGCCGAACAUGGAGCGCAUUGCUGUAUGGGCAGUGGGGGUGAAGAUUGAGAAGCAGAGCGGCGAACCGGGUCGAUCGUGUUGUUGGACUUGCUGCGAGCUGGAGCCCGGGGCACUGAGGCGUCUGGGACUGAGGUGAGCCAAGACGGAGUGUGGCGGACCCCGGGACCCGUAAGGAGUGCAGAAGUGUGCAUGAAUGGUAGGCUAGUACCAGCCACGCUCGACGGAUGCGUCGAGAGCGUUGACUCGUGUGGACUGGUGGC